AUGAAUGAUGAGGUGGAGAACAUAUAUGAAGCAGAUAAAGUUCUUGAAAGUGAAACGUCAAACUUUACUAAUGACAUGGGCAGUUUAAAGGAAGAAAAACUUGAAUCAUUUGAAAAACGUAUAUUAUAUAUAUUAUUAACUCUUCAAACUACUUUUUACACGUCCGAAGCUGCUAUCGAAUAUGUUGCUAGGAGUCUUGUCGAACUUUUUCGGAGCAAUCCUAACGGUCUUGCUAGCUGCAUCGAAAAAUUAAAAUCAAAACACAUGCGGAAAAAAAAGGCAACACAAUAUUUUGAGUACAUUGAACCUAUAAGUCGAGUAUAUCAGACAAUCACCAAAAAUGAUGAAAUAAAAACUGUGAAAUAUUCAUAUGUGCCUUUCCUAAGUAGUCUCAAACAAUAUUUAUGUUUGCCUGAAGUCCAAGCUGAUCUACACCGAAUAUUACCUGAUUAUGAUCCUAGUCGUAUUGAAGAUACUAACGAUGGUGUUUUUGCACGAACUCAUCCUAAUUUUAAAAAAUCAGAUUACCUUAAAAUUGAGAUUAACUCUGAUGAUUUAACAAUAACAAAUCCAAUAUCUCAUCGUGCUCAUUCUACUUUCUUUUUUUACUGGUCUUUGCUUAAUAUUUCAAAAGAAAAAAGAUCUAAACAAGCAGCAAAACGACUCAUAGCAGCAUGUCCAAAAUGGGCACGCAAAUAUAACUCAUUAUGCCAUACUGUUAAUGAUUUUCUGACCGGAAUGAAUACACUUGCUACAACAGGUGAAGUGACACUUAACUGA